GCCGCCUACAAAGCAGCGAAGGUCACGGCGCGAGCAGGAGCGCGCGGGCCGCCGGGAGUCCGUUCUGCGGCCCGUGCCCCCAGCCCACCGACCCCGCCCGGGAGCCAUGGAGGGAGUGAGCGCGCUGCUGGCCAGCUACCCCACCGCCGGCCUGGCGGGCGGCCUGGGGAUCACGGCGUGCGCUGCCGCCGGCGUGCUGCUCUACCGGAUCGCGCGGAGGAGGAAGCCAACGCAUACAGUGGUCAACUGCUGGUUCUGCAACCACGAUACACUGGUGCCCUAUGGGAACCGCAACUGCUGGGACUGCCCCCACUGUGAGCAGUACAACGGCUUCCAAGAGAAUGGUGACUAUAACAAGCCCAUCCCAGCACAGUACAUGGAGCACCUGAACCACGUGAGCAGUGUGCCCAGUCCCCGUGACCCUGCACAGCCGCAGCAGUGGGUGAGCAGCCAGGUCCUGCUGUGCCGGAGGUGCAGCCACCACCAGACCACCAAGAUCAAGCAGCUGGCUGCUUUCACACCACGUGAGGAGGGCCGGUAUGAUGAGGAGAUCGAGGUGUACCGCCACCACUUGGAGCAGAUGUAUAAGCUGUGCCGCCCCUGCCAGGCCGCUGUUGAGUACUACAUCAAGCACCAGAACCGCCAGCUGCGGGCCCUGCUUCUCAGCCACCAGCUGCGGCGUCGGGAGGCUGACCAGGCCCAUGGGCAGAGCUUCAGUUCCUCGGCAGUGAAGGCUCCACUCCAGGUCAUCCUGCUCCGUGCCCUGGCCUUCCUGGCCUGUGCCUUCUUGCUGUCCACUACACUGUAUGGCCCCAGCGAACCCUUCACCCCAGGGGCUGCCCUGCCCCCAGCCCUACCUCCUGGGGGCAACAGUUCUGCUGCCUCAGACAACACCACUACUCAAGCAGAGGGCUGGCAGCAGCUGCUGGGCCUGUUGCCUGAGCAUGCCACAGAGAAGCUACAUGAAGCCUGGGCCUUUGGGCAAAGCCACCAGACCGGCAUUGUGGCCAUGGGCCUGCUCACCUGCCUCCUGGCCAUGCUGCUCGCUGGCCGUAUCAGGCUCCGCCGGAUUGAUGCCUUCUCUACCUGUCUCUGGGCCGUGCUGCUGGGGCUGCACCUGACAGAGCAGUAUCUUCAGGCUGCCUCGCCCAGCUGGCUAGACACACUCAAGUUCAGUACCACGUCCCUGUGCUGCCUGGUGGGCUUCACUGCUGCUGUGGCUACAAGGAAAACGACAGGCUCACGGAGAUUCCGGCCCCGAAGGUACUUCUCAGGAGACGCUGCCAGCCUUUUCCCUUCCAGCCCCAGCCUGGCCAUGCCCUGCCCAAGCAUCACAACCUCGCCAGCAUCCAUGUUUGUCCCCACUCCACCCGGCUUCCUGCCUCUCACCAAGCGGCAGCUCUUCCGCUCUUCCCGCCGGGUCUCGCCCUCCUCGCUGCCAGGCCGUCUCAGUCGUGCCCUCUCCCUGGGAACCAUACCUUCUCUGACCCAGACAGACUCAGGAUACCUGUUCAGCGGGAGCCGCCCACCGUCUCGGGUAUCUCCACCCGGAGAGGUUUCUCUUUCAGAUUACUUUUCUCUGCUGUCGGGCAGCUUCCCCUCCUCCCCUCUCCCUUCCCCAGCACCUUCUGUGGCCAGCUCCAUGGCCUCCAGCUCUGGGUCAUUGCGCCACCGCAGGCCCCUCAUCAGCCCUGCCCGGCUCAACCUGAAAGGGCAGAAACUACUGCUCUUCUCACCCUCUGGGGAAGCACCGAAUACCCCCAGCAGCUCGGAAGAACACUCACCACCCAAUGGCAGCCUCUUCCUUGAGCCUUCCCAGCUCCCCCAGAGGAACCGCACUCGGGACACAAAGCACACCACUGAUAUGAGGUCGAUGCUGACAAUAGACAGCGGCCACUCCAUCAAGAAAGAGGAUGACUCGUCCCAGUCUUCCACCUGUGUGGUAGACACCACCACCAAAGGGUGCUCAGAGGAGACCUCUCUCUGGAAAGCUCGUGUGGGCCCCUCCCUGGUCCAGGGCCUCCUGGCUUUGAGUUUGGCUGCCAAUGCACUCUUCACCUCAGCCUACCUGUACCAGAGCCUGCGCUGACCACCUGGUUGCCCUUCCAGAGGACAGUGCCCCGUGCGUGCUGCUUCCACCACUGCCGCUCAGACCCUCCCUGAGGGGCUCUGUCUCUGCCUUGACACCAGGGCCCUCAACCUUGUGCGUUGAGUCCCUGACCUCAGGAUACCUGCUGUCCCCACAACAGACUGCAGACAUCAACUGUGUUUGGUGCUGACACUCUGACCCCGAAGCCAGGGGUCUUUGGCAGGCUGCCCAUCCCCAGGGUUAUAAGUGCUAUUGUACCUGCACCAGGGGCCAGCCUGCCUCUGCCCUACUGCUGCCCAGUGAGUCACAUCUUUUUCUGUACUCCGAGAUACCAGAGGCCUGCCUCAGAGCCCACCAAGAACCAAGAUGAAGAAAGCCCUUGGGAGUAGCAC